AUGAAUGCAAAAUCGAAAGGAAUCAGCAUAGCAAUUGAUAGAGGUGGAACCUUCACAGACUGCGUCGGUAACCCAGGGACAGGCCGUCUUGAGGAUGACAUUGUGAUCAAACUGUUGUCAGAAGACCCUACCAACUAUGAAGAUGCACCAUUGGAAGGGAUCCGGCGUAUCCUUUCUAGAUUCACGAAUCGUGAAAUUCCCCGUGGAGAACCUAUUGAUACUUCUUUGGUAGAGAGCAUUCGCAUGGGAACUACUGUAGCAACGAAUGCUCUCCUUGAACGGAAAGGGGAGAAAGUUGCCCUCGUUGUAAGCAAAGGAUUCAAAGAUUGUCUCCAAAUCGGGAAUCAGUCCCGACCCAGAAUCUUUGAUCUUGCCAUCAAACGCCCUGAUGUGCUUUAUGAGGAGGUGAUCGAGGUGGAUGAGCGUGUCACCUUGGAGGACUACGCAGAGGACCCACAAAGAAAUGUUACUGGGACGGUUCCUCGCGAACAAACGCCAGAAGCAGCUGAUGUUGUUCGAGGUCUUUCUUCAGAAGCCGUUCGGAUACUAAAGCGUCCAUCUGAGAGCCUGGUGAGAUCGCAGUUGACAGAGUUAUACAGUCGCGGAUUCAGAAGCAUAGCUAUUUGUCUCAUACAUGGAUACACCUUUCCAGAUCACGAGGCCUUGGUUGGAAGGAUUGCUAAUGAGAUUGGUUUCCACCAUGUGAGUUUGAGCCACCAACUGAUGCCUAUGAUCAAACUGGUGCCGCGGACUACAUCGGCCUGCGCCGAUGCGUAUUUGACUCCUACAAUCAAGAAAUACAUAUCUGGAUUUCAGUCUGGAUUCAAAGGUGGUUUAGGCAGUGAGAGUGUCAAGCGGCAGACGAGCGCGAAAGGUGCACGUUGUGAAUUCAUGCAAUCAGACGGCGGCCUCGUAGAUGUGGACCAAUUUUCUGGUCUGCGAGCAAUCCUAUCCGGUCCCGCUGGUGGCGUGGUUGGCUAUGCGUUAACUUCCUACGAUUCUGACUCGAAGAUACCCGUAAUCGGCUUUGACAUGGGAGGAACAAGCACAGAUGUCAGCAGGUACGGAUCCGGUCGAUACGAACAUGUCUUCGAGACAACUACAGCAGGAGUGACUAUUCAGUCUCCCCAAUUGGACAUAAACACUGUUGCUGCUGGGGGCGGGUCUAGACUGUUCUAUCGCAACGGACUCUUCGUUGUUGGACCCGAGUCGGCUGGAGCUCACCCAGGACCAGCCUGCUACCGUAAGGAAGGGCCAUUGACAGUGACCGAUGCGAACUUGUUCCUUGGUCGACUAGUUCCAGAUUUCUUCCCGAAGAUCUUUGGCCUAGAUGAAAGCCAAGGGUUAGAUGAGUGUGCAAGCCGGACUUUGUUUGUGAAAAUGACCAAGGAAAUCAAUGAUGAGUUGACCAAGGAUGGUCAGCGCCGAGAAAUGACCCCUGAUGAGGUCGCUUUUGGCUUUAUCAAGGUAGCCAACGAAAUGAUGGUUCGUCCAAUUCGGUCAUUGACAGAGGCCAAAGGGCACGAUACUUCAAAACAUAGACUAGCUUCGUUUGGAGGAGCUGGGGGUCAGCACGCCGUUGCCAUAGCCGAGAGCUUGGGAAUCCGACAAAUUUUGAUCCAUCGUUACUCCUCAGUGCUCUCGGCUUAUGGUAUGGCACUGGCAGAUGUUGUGGACGAAAAUCAAGAGCCAGAAUCGAAAACGUGGACCGAUGACGAUAGAGAAGGGAUCCAAAACGCACUUGCAUCAAGAAUGGAAGAACUUAAGAAACGAUCCACGCGGAGGCUGCGAGACCAAGGGUUUGACGAUGACUCGAUUAUUUUCGAAGAGUACCUCAAUAUGCGCUAUCGAGGAACUGAAUCUGCCUUGAUGGUACUUAAGCCUAGUAAAGAAGAGGCAGAUCUUCUCUUUGGGGGUGACGAAUGGGCCUUUGGAAAAGCAUUUUUGAGGCAACACGACCAGGAGUUCGGGUUUACUCUCCCGAAUAGAGACAUCAUAGUGGACGAUGUACGGGUAAGAGGCAUUGGGAAAGGCUUCAAAGUAUCCGAAAAGACUGUGGACCAGCAGAUUAAGGACUCCAAGCCCAAGGAUGUAGCAAAGGGCCGGGAGUAUCGCAGGACUCAGGUUUAUUUCGAGGGUGGCAGACGUGAUACACCGAUUUACAAACUCGAUGAUUUGAAAAUCGAUGAGCGAGUCAGAGGCCCAGCAAUUCUGGCUGAUGACACCCAGACCAUCGUGAUAACACCAGGAGCCUCAGCCCUCUUGACAAAAACACAUGUUGUCAUCAAUAUUGGUGAAUCUGACGCCAGCCAUCCAAAGAUAAGCACCGACGAAGUGGAUCCUAUUCUGUUGAGUGUCUUCUCGCACAGAUUCAUGGCAAUUGCUGAGCAGAUGGGUCGUGCCUUGCAGAAAACGAGCGUGAGUACCAAUGUCAAGGAGCGACUUGACUACUCUUGCGCAUUGUUCGAUGCAAAAGGUGGGCUCGUUGCAAAUGCGCCCCAUUUACCGGUCCAUCUUGGUAGCAUGUCAACCUGUGUGCGGAUACAGGCCCAGAUAUGGCAGGACAAUCUGAAGCCCGGCGAUGUGAUUGUAUCCAACCAUCCGGAAUUUGGCGGAACUCAUCUCCCAGAUAUCACAGUGAUUCAGCCCGCGUUUAGUGAAGGGAAGAUUAUCUUCUAUGUCGCCUCGAGAGCACAUCAUGGUAAGAUGCUCCAAAAUGAGAAACACGCAUGUGAAACUUCUAACCAGCAUAAAGCCGACAUUGGAGGUAUACUCCCGGGUUCUAUGCCACCUCAUUCAAAGGAGCUGUACCAAGAAGGUGCUACCAUCAAAAGCGAACGGUUGGUAUCGGAAGGCAAAUUCAACGAAAAACGCAUCGCAGAAUUGCUAUACACGGAGCCAGCCCAAUAUCCAAACUGCAGCGGAACUCGAUGUCUUGCAGAUAACUUGAAUGACCUCAAGGCCCAGAUUGCCGCAAAUAAGAAAGGAAUCAACCUGAUUAGCACACUCAUUGAGGAGUAUGGUGAGGCUGUUGUGCAAUUCUAUAUGCAUCAAAUUCAAGACAAUGCAGAACUGAGUGUGCGCAACUUAUUGAAAGAAGUCAGCCAGAAAUUCGUCGGUCAAAACCUCAGUGCCAUUGAUUACAUGGAUGAUGGAAGUCCUAUUCAGUUGAAGAUAUCUAUAAACCCGGACAAGGGCGAGGCAAUAUUUGAUUUCGAGGGAACUGGUUCAGAAGUUUAUGGUAACAUCAAUGCACCGGAAGCUGUCACUUACUCGGCAAUCAUUUAUUGUCUGCGGUGCCUCAUUUCCGCAGACAUUCCUUUGAAUCAAGGUUGUUUGAAACCAAUUGACGUUCGGAUUCCCCCUGGAAGUCUUUUAUCCCCAUCGGAAUCAGCUGCCGUGGUGGGUGGCAAUGUUUUGACGAGUCAACGAGUGACAGACGUCAUCCUAAAAUGUUUUCAGGCUUGCGCUGCAUCGCAAGGUGAUACCAACAACCUCACAUUUGGGUUUGGGGGGAACAUGCUUGGUGAGACAGAGACAAAGGGGUUUGGUUAUUAUGAAACCAUCGCUGGCGGUAGCGGAGCUGGUCCGACGUGGGAAGGCACUUCAGGUGUUCACACCCACAUGACCAACACUCGAAUAACCGAUGCAGAGGUGUUUGAGCGCCGAUAUCCUGUCAUACUUCGCGAAUUCAGUCUCCGACCAAAUUCAGGAGGCAAUGGUCAACACCGCGGCGGAGACGGCAUUGUAAGAGACAUUGAAUUCCGUAUCCCGGUGCAGGUUUCUAUACUUUCCGAACGAAGGGUCUACCAUCCCUACGGAUUGGAAGGAGGUGAGGACGCCCAGUGUGGUCAGAACAUCUGGGUGCGUCGGGUCCAAAAUCCUGAUGGCAGUUGGAAGGAAAAGUACACCAAUCUGGGGGCGAAAAACUCCGCCCAGAUGCGAGCUGGGGAGCGGAUCAUUGUCCGUACACCAGGAGGUGGAGGAUGGGGUCAAAUUGGAGAUCAGAGUCAGCUCCUUGACGAGAAGGAUCAUCGUCAUGCUUGGAAAGACGGGCCUCCCAUCCCCGAAUAG